GGCUGCUGGCCUGGCUGAUGUUUUCUGCUGCUCCACCGGUGCCUCCUGCUCCAGGCAGCCCUCUGUCAGACAGAGAGUACCAGAUCUUCUUUGCCGUCCUGCAGCCCUACUGGAAGGCAGACCUGACCUGCCAGCUGCGCCAGGCACGUGGCUGCCUCAGCCCUGCCAUCCUGCAGCUGGACCGGGAGGAGAACCAUGGCCGUAUCCCCAAAGGGCCAGUCUGUUCUAACUUCCCGGAGGCACCGUGGUUUCAGACCUUCUGCCAGUUCUCCCAGUACCGCUGCUUCAAACGCCAGUUCUACACCAAGAGAAUGCCAUGUCAGAGUUUGUCUCCUCCAAAAAACCUUCCCAUGAUGGAGCAACCUCAUGCUGUGGACUCCUGGGCAAGGGACAAAAGCUCCCCUAUGGAAGAAGGGCAGGCUUUCCUCUCGCCUGCUGAUGCCCUGCUGCGUGCCAGUGUGGAUGAUCUCCUCAAAUACUCCUACGCACUGUCAAGUCAGCAACUGCUGCCCGGGAAGCUCUCCCCAGCCACACCAGUGGAGCUGAGACCUCUGCAGGACUGGAGGCCGCCUGUGCUCGCACCGACCUUGCUGGUCCCAGCUGCCCCUCCCACCUUGCCUCCCAGUCUGGAAUCCCCUGCCCAGGCAGAGGAAGCCUGGGAGCAACGCCUGCAGAGGAGCGUCUGGCAGCUGAUCCACGUGGCCCUCUCUUUGGAGACAUCCUUGGUCCCCAAGAGCUCUUCUCUGAACCCCAGCACCAAGUUAGACCCAAGGCUAGGUCACACGUCGCACAGCACCAAGGAGGAGGUACAGAAAGCAGCCACUCGUGGCAGGGGAGGGGAAAACCUGUCUCCCCAGUUGGCGGGGUACAGCAUGCCACCUGUGCAGGGCUGUCCUUAUGUGCACAGGCUGGUUCAUGCCCCUACCCUGAGCAGCUGUCUUUCAGCCUUGAAGAAGGAGGAGGCAAUGACAAUCCUGUGCUAUGCAGUGCUGGAGGGAAGCUGCCUUUCAUUAGCAGUCACUGAGGCCUGGAAGGAGAUGGAAGGAAGAGUCCUUGGGUUUGGAGAUUCGGUGUGCGACAGCUUUGGGCGGCAGCACAUGGACCUGUGCCCUAACUGUGCUUUCUGCUCACUGAAGAGGGAGCAGUGUCAGAACAUCAAAAACCUAAACCGUGUUCACUGCAACACAGGCAGCUUCAUCAACUACAUCAACCCUCAGAUCUCAACCCAGCACCAGGCUGCAGGCAACAAGACUACCUCCCCAGAGUCCUCAGAGUACCACAGCGUGGAGGUUUUCAGAAGGCUGAGGGUGGAAUACUGGUGCAGCCGGAUAGCUAUCCGUGGCUGUGAGGACCCUCGUGUGACCCUCUGGCUGAAAGCAGAGUACGCUGCCUUCCAAGAUGAUGGACAUGCCCCAAGCCAGAUCUGCGACUCAGAUGGACUUCAGCAUCCCAACUACUGCAUGUUCAAGAGCCACCAGUGCCUCCAGCAGAGCCUCUACAAUCAGAGGGUGUCUCGCCGCAGCUGCCGCAAAAAUGAGACACACCGGGUGCUGACUGAGAAGGAAGGACAGGAGGAGGUGUCGCUGUGGCACCAGAGGUUCCUCAGCCUCAGCAAAGGGUGA